AUGAGUGAAAGGGUCGCUAAUUAUGACUCUAGUGACCAGAUUUUUAUUGAUAAACUCAAGAAAGUAGUUACCGGUUUAUAUGAUAGAAAUAAUCUGUUCCAGGCAGAGAUCGAUGUGCUGACCGUCAAGAAAGAUAUAUUCAUAAAACGUGAUAACGCGUAUCCUAUGACCAAAAACCCCCGGGGCUAUUGUGUGAUUAUUGAUAACGAGAAAUUUUCAACUAUGACGCGAAGGAUCGGCACCACAGCUGAUACUAAUAGACUAGCCUAUGUGUUCAUUCAGCUCUUUUUUCGGGUAAUUAUUUAUCGAAAUAAAACGGCCGAAGAAAUGUUGAAAAUAUUAUCAGACAUCGCGACCGACAACGCACUCAUAGGACACAACGCUUUGGCAGUCAUUAUACUAUCGCACGGUUCGACUGAAGGAAUUUACGGCACGGAUGGGGUCACUGUUCCUCAGAACAAGAUAUUCAAAAUGUUUAAUAACAAGAACUGUCCACAACUUAUCUUUAAACCUAAGAUGUUCUUUUUAAAUGCAUGUAGGGGUGGACAUGUUUCAAUGCGUGAUAUAUUUAAAGGCUCGUGGUUUGGCCAGGAGUUGGCCAAUUGUUUGGCCGAAUCUGCCCAUAGGGCACAUCUCAACAAUAUAAUGACUAUACAUGUGGCCAAACGAGUCAGCGAUAGGACUGCAUACUUUGGCGAAAAGCUAAUCAAACAGGCAGUUCAUUCACAUAGUCAAGGCAGUCUUAAAAAGCUGUACUUUAAUCCGGGUUUCUAUGCAUGAGAUCAUUAAUAAAUUUUGUAUUUAAAUAAACUAU